GCCGACCAAAUGGAGGACAUCAACAACAUAAUGCACCUCCACCAAGGGAGCAUUUCCAGCCAUAUGUGCCACAUGUGCAGCAAAAUCUUCCAAAUUUGCCAGGACAGUACAUCAAUCGUGAUCAGAUCGUCGACAUGGUGCAGGAGGCUUAUGGUCCAGUUCUGAGGCCUCUUGUCAGACCUGCCUACAGAAAACCAUAUCCAGAUUUCGUAGACCAAGAGAAUCCUUUUCCAAGGGGGUUCAAGGUUCCAGAAUUCACUCUAUUUUCCGGAGAUGGUGGAUAUUCUACAAUUGAACACAUAGGCCGCUUCACAAUUCAGUGUGGCGAGGUCUCCGGUGAUGAUAAUCUGAAGCUCAGAUUUUUUCCCAGCUCAUUAACUAGUACAGCUCUCACCUGGUAUCUAAGUCUGCCACAGAAUUCUGUUUAUACUUGGAGGCAGAUGGAAGAUCUUUUUCACAUCCACUUCUACCGCAGUGAGCCAGAAGUGUCCAUGGCAGAUUUAUCUCGUCUGGUGCAGCGACCUGGAGAAACAUCUGAGGCCUUUUUGGCCAAAUUUCAGAAGGCCAGACUUAAGUGCAGAGUUGCCCUGCCAGAACAGGAAUUUGUCAAGCUAGCACAAAAUGGUCUGGACAUUGAAUUGAGGAAAAAGUUUGAGGGAAUGGAGUUUCGUGAUUUCUUUGAGUUGUCUUACAAGGUGGCUCGUUAUGAAAAUCUAUUGCGAGAGGGCACACAAAGGAAAUCUGCAUCUCAUGGGACGUAUUAUGGUGAUGCCAACUUUGAUCUGGAUGUGGCAGAAGUGGUGGCAGACAAGCCAGUUGUUUGCCCAGAUUUAGUUAAAGUGGCCCAGCAGACCGACAGAACAGAGAAAAUCGACAAGGGAAUUCUGCGUUUUCCAGAUAAGGCCAAAGAAACUAUGGGAGUUGAUGCAGAUCCAUUCCCUACCAUGUCUGUUGGGGUGAACGCGGCAGAUCUCAGGAGCAUUGCCAGAGACAGAACUCAGACAUAUUAUAGGCGCAGACUUGCAGCUGAUGAUCUGAGGGCUGCAGAAAGACACCAACAGCAGAUUACAGACUCGGGGGGCAUGGCAGAUCAGGCACCGCCGCUCCCAGCAAGAAGAAAAUCAGUGUGGGUCCGUAAGGAAAAAGGGAGCUCAUCUGGUCAGAAUGCUCCAAAAAAGGAAGAACCACCCAGAAUUCCAACAUCACCUCGAGUUCUGGCUGUGGAAUCCAAUGAAGAAACUGGUUUGAAGGCGAAGUUUGAUGUGCCGGAUAAAGCGAAAAAUUCAUCAAAUGUAAUCUGUUUUGGUGAGUUUUCCGUGAAUCUAUCUUGUUUGGUGAUCACCCUUCCUUUGGUCUUUCAAGUAAGAGACCAGUUAGAAUCUACAGUCUGUCACCAGACAGAUUUGACUGAGGAAGAAGAAGUCAUUGAGAUCCCAGCUAAGGAAGAGAGAGGCAUGGAUUCAGCAGAUAAAAUCAUUUUCGAAAAACCAGAAGAGAGGAUGGCCAAGCACAUUAGGCCAUUAUACAUUCAGGCACAUCUGGAUGGUAUGCCAAUAAAUCGAGUUCUGGUGGAUAAUGGAGCAGCUGUCAAUGUUUUGCCAACUUGUCUUCUGCACAAGAUUGGCAAAACUUUGAGUGAUUUAAUGGAGACAGAAGUGACAAUCAGUGACUUUACUGAUGAGUACUGCCAGAUUAUGUCAGAUGUGCAUAACGGAAUCUGUGGUGCACACCAAGCUGGAAUUAAGAUGAGAUGGCUAAUUCGCAGGCAUGGGUUCUUUUGGCCAUCAAUCUUGAGAGAUUGCAUCAGCUAUGCUAAAGGUUGCAAAGCCUGCCAGAUUCAUGGACCGCUGCAGAGAGUUCCAGCGUCAGAACUCCAUCCAAUUGUCAAACCAUGGCCAUUUCGAGGAUGGGCCAUAGAUUUGAUUGGUAAGGUUUAUCCUCUUUCCACUAGAGGGCAUUCUUUUAUUAUUGUUGCCACAGAUUACUUUACCAAGUGGGUGGAAGCAAAGCCAAUGAAGAAGGUUGACCAAACUGAUAUUAUUAAAUUUCUCAAGGAGGAAAUCAUUCACAGAUUCGAUUUGCCAGAAACAAUGACUUCAGAUCAAGGGACAGUUUUUGUUGGUGCACAAGUUGAAGCAUUUGCAAAAGAAAUGGGAUUUAGGUUACUCACUUCAACCCCUCAUUAUGCUCAAGCCAAUGGUCAAGCUGAAGCUUCCAACAGAAUUGUGAUAAAUCUGCUGGAAAAAAUGGUUGAUGAUAAUCCAAGGUGUUGGCAUGAGCUGUUAUCUGACACAAUAUGGGCUUACAGAACUUCACAAAGGAGUUCUACCAAGGUAACUCCAUUCUCUUUAACUUUUGGACAUGAUGCUGUUCUGCCCAUGGAGUUAUCUGCUAGAUCAUUGCGUAUAGCGAUUCAACAUGGUCUCACUUCUGGAGAAUAUAAUGAAGCAAUGAUUCUAGAGUUAGAAGACCUUGAAGGUAUGCGAUUGACGGCCUUAGAUAGGCUGCAAACGCAGAAAUUAAAAGUGGCUCGAGCAUACAACAAACAGGUGAAAUCUAGAAGUCUGGCAGAAGGAGAUCUAGUAUGGAAAGUAAUUCUGCCACAUGGAAAGAAAGACCCCAGAUUUGGGAAAUGGUCUCCAAAUUAGGAAGGACCAUUUCGAAUACAUGAAGUGCUUAGAGGAGGAGCAUAUUGUCUUGAAUCAUUAAAUGGAGAGUUACAUCCUCGAAAAAUAAAUGGAAUCUACCUUAAACCUUACUAUCCUAUGAUAUGGGAGGCUAGAGGUUUGGAUACCAUUGAUUCUACCUGAGACAGAUUUGAGGUAGAAUUUGUACAGUAUUUUAUUUCAUCGUUUUAAGCAUUUUAUCAUUCAAUAAAAGUGCUGAGCCAAA